AUGAAAUUAUUUAAUAGUAGGAAAUCGAUUAUAAAGGAGAGAUUAUCUGUUAGGUUGGUGUUUAGGUUUACAGUAGUUAAAACCCUUGGAUUGGGUACAUUUGGUUUAGUCAAAUUGGCAAUUCAUUAAAUAACUUAAGAGAAAGUAGCAAUUAAAAUUUUGGAGAAAUCUAAGAUAAUAGAUGUUGCAGAUGUUGAAAGAGUCUCUAGGGAGAUACACAUUUUGAAAUUGAUCAGACAUAAACAUGUGAUUCAAUUAUAUGAGAUAAUUGAAACAAAGAAAUACAUAUUUUUGGUUAUGGAAUUCUGUGAUGGAGGAGAACUAUUUGAUUACAUAGUCAAGCAUCAGAAACUCUCUGAAAUCGAGGCAUCCAAGUUUAUUUAGGAGUUAAUAUCUGGAAUUGAAUAUAUACACAAGUUGAAUAUAGUCCAUCGAGAUUUGAAACCAGAAAAUCUGCUAUUGGAUUAUCAAAAGAGUUUGAAGAUUGUAGAUUUUGGAUUAAGUAACACAUAUAAACAGGGAGAACAAUUAAAGACUGCUUGUGGUAGUCCAUGUUAUGCAGCACCUGAAAUGAUACAAGGGAAUAAGUACAAUUCCUUAUUGGUUGAUAUUUGGUCUUGUGGAGUGAUCUUAUUUGCAUCCAUUUGUGGCUAUUUACCAUUUGAAGAUGUAAACACUUCAGCUCUUUAUAAAAAAAUAUUGAAUGGAGAAUAUAAAAUUCCUAAUUUCGUGUCUCCCGAAGGCACAAGUUUUCUGAAAGGAAUUUUGAAUAUUAAUCCAGAAAAGAGGUUUAACUUAGACUAAAUUAAAUCUCACCCAUGGUUUAAAUUGUAUCGCAGAUCUCACCCCAUACCACCAGGGAUUAUUAUUGGUUAUCACAGAAUCCCUAUUGAUAAUAAUAUUGUAUCACAAUUAAAGGAACGAGGAUUUAAUGAAGAUUAUGUAAAAAUAUGUUUGGAUGCAAACAAAUAAAAUAAUGUGACAACCUCAUACUUUUUAUUAAUGAAGAGACAUUUGAUGAAUGGAGGAAUGUCAACAUCAGAUAUAAAUUCUGUGCAUUUUGAACCUAAAUUAUUAGAACCAAUUCAACGCACUUAAAAGGCACCUAUUCUUGGCUUUUUAGAUGAAUCUAUGCUCAAAACAUUGAAUUCUAAUCGGUCUUAAUCCAAUUAAAGUCGUAAGAACAAGAAAAUGAAUACAUAAUAAAAUAGAGGACAUUAUUAUUUGUAGGAUGAGAAGUUAAAUAAAUCAAUCCAGUUGAAAUAAUCACAUCGCUAAGAUAGUUUGGACUCAGACGAAGAGUUAAGCAAACCCUUUUCUCAGAAUGUUACAUCCAAUGUGAAAAAAUAGAAGGUUAGAACUGAAUCAAAUUAUAAUGCUGAUUAAUCAUUGAAUUAGACGACUAUGAUUGCUGGUAAAAGACAAUCCAUUUCACCUGCCAAUGCCAAUCUUAUUUUGUAAUACAUCAAACAAUAAAAAAAACUAACGCCUACUUCCAUUAGAAAUUCAUGUCAACAAAAACCAAAUAUAUUAUCUUUGAAUUAUCAAAGAAAUGUUUAAACUAUUUAUGAUCAUGAAGGCUUGAAGAUUAUGAAUUCAAACAAAUAACAACCCAAUGAGUAAAAGAGAAGCUAAAAUAACUAAUGGAUGCCCUCGACCAUUCUGAAUCCUUAUUAAUUACUGUUAUAAUUGAAUUCAAGGAAAGGAUCUCGAGAUUUAAGUGCUCCUCAUUCAACUAAAUGCGCAAACAAUCCAAAAAGUAAAUCCAUUAAUAGACAAUUUUGA